CAAGCAACAUCCAAUCAUAUCCAAUCAUUCUUCGAACAAUAUCCGCGGUUCAGUUAUGAUCCCACUGGCGAAACUAUGUAUCAGUUCAGGAUGAUGUGCAGGUCGUACGGCUGGCGCCCUGAUAGUGAAGAACGAAUGCAAGCCCUUGAAGGGGUACGAGAUGCCAUUGCACUCCAGUUCAAUGCAUUCUACGGAGAUGAUGCAAACAGUUUGAACGGUUGGCAUAGCCUGUAUCGAGCGUUACAAAUUCAGGACAUCCCGGAUACGGUGAAAGGUUGUAAAGAGGGUAUUAAGACCAUCCACGUCAACAUAUGUGAUUUGGUGGAUCAUAAAGAAGAUGUCCCAACGAAGCAUCCUUCGGAAGCUGCUCUUGCUCAAUACAGUCGCGACUCGAAAAAAAUAUACCCACGGGAAAAUGCGUAUGCGGGAGGGUUGUUGAGGUUCCUUUUGCGGCAGAUA